AUGGACGAAAACGACACAAUCGAGACUACUUUGCCCAUCUACUUAUCUGGCUCCUUGGACCAAAACCUGCACAUAUUUCAGUACCCGCUAUUGUCACGGCCUCUUGAGGUCCCCCCUUCAGCGGCUCUCACUGGCAAACGAAUCAAAGCUCGACAUAAACCCAAAGCUGGUCGAUACGAAGUUCAAGUUCCUAACGAUACUCGUGAAGAAGUCUGGAAUGUGGACAGAGGAAGAGAGCUAGGUCAAGCACGAGCCGAUGAAGAUGCAGCACAGGCUGCAGCUGGAGAAGAGCAGGCUAAAGGCAAGAAGCGGGAUUACGAGAGGGAAGAACGAGAAAGGGAGGAGCAACGUCUAGGCGAAGUCAGACUAAGAAGCGAAAAAUUGGAGAGUACCAGUGUAUAUAUGUUAGGCGUAGUUCGCGAUGGGAAACUAUAUCUACAUCCCGUACAUGACGUAUUACAAUUACGCCCAAGCCUGACAUAUCUUGAUGCAUUGUCAAAGAAACAGAAACGAGCUCGCGGCGAGGACUCGGACGACGAAGGCCCUCCACCAGAUCCCGACGAACCAGCUCCUUCCUCAAGCGUGCCAAAGGAAAAAAAGAAGACUGAAUCAAAGGAGGUCUUGGUUAUGGCGCGGAAGACGGACGAUAAAUCUGGUAACCAAACCGUUGGAGGUUUAAGUGCUAUCCGCCGUGAGAUGCUCAAUAUUAUUCGGGAAGAACAGGAAGAACAAUGGCGGAAUCUAGAUUAUAAGGGGAUACAGGCACACUCGACAGUCAGCUGA